AUGGCAAUAGUGUACUCAUCGCCUUCGUCAUUUCAAAAGAGCCAUGUAUCACCAAAGUUCACACAAGAAACUCUUAUCUCUCCGACAUAUGCAUCUCCAUUCGAGAACCACAGUAACUUCGAAGUUUCGAACGGGUACGGGAUGAUUGAUGGGUGA